ACCAUGAACGGGGACGAUGGUGUGGGCGAGGACGAGGUCAAGGUCGUGGUCGAGGUCGUGAUCCAGUUUCGGUAGAAUAUGAUAUUCCCAGUGCCAGUCAAAGUGGGGGCCGAAGCCAAAGACGAGUUGAAGGUUAUGAUAUGCCUGACAUUGUUGUGGAGGAUACCUCUUUACCUGAUUCUCCUCCUGUCCAGGAAGAGUACCUUACUCAUGCUUUUCCAGGUGGACCGACUGAUCCGUCAAUACUGCGGAGUUUCAAUAGUCAUGUGGCUGCAGCUAUUUGGCACGGGGAGUUAGCUCGUUGCAUUUAUCGGUUCGUCAACAAGCUUCUAAUCUCCAGUUUUGUUGAGAGAUGGCAACCUGAGACGAACACAUUUCACAUGACAAUUGGUGAGAUGACCUUGACCCUGGAUGAUGUUGGCAUUAUUCUUGGCCUUCCCAUUGUAGGCAAAUCAGUCAGCAUACCAGAUGUGACAGAUCAUCAUGGAGUUACAUUACUCGUUUAUGGCUUGGGGAUUACUGAACGUGCAGCACAUGAAGAGGUUUCUUCUGCUGGUGGCAAUUCAGUCAGGCUUGAAUGGUUGCAAAGUCAGUUUGCUGGUGUCACAGAUUCAGACCCCGAUGAGGCUAUACAGUGCGCUGCAAGAGCUUAUUUGUUGUUUCUGUUGGGAUGUACACUCUUCAGUGACAAGAGUGGCGGCAGGGUUCCCGUUGUUUACCUCGGCUUGUUGAUGGAUUUGGGAUCCAUACAUACUUAUGCCUGGGGUGCUGCUGUAUUAGCAUUUUUAUAUAGACAAUUGGGGUUUGUUAGCCGGUCUGGGAUUAAGCAGAUGGGUGGUUAUAUGACUCUUUUGGAGGCGUGGAUUUAUGAGCACUUCUGA